UAUCGGGAUCGAACGCGUAGCCGUUAUAGUUCCGCGUUCGUCUCGCGCGUUUGUCUCAGUGAUACCGAGAGACGACCGUCGACCGGACGUUGUCCUUCUCGCGCGUGAUUUUUCGAGAGCAGAGGAUAUGUGGGGCCACGUAUUGAUCUCGAUCGUCAUCCUGUUAACGUCGUUGCUAUAUCAUUAUCACUUCACCGAGCCGGCCAGUAUUAUCGAUUAUCCUGAAACGCAUUACGACUAUAUUGUUGUCGGCGCUGGAACCUCUGGCUGCGUGAUUGCAUCACGGCUCUCGGAAAUGUCGAACGUGACCGUUCUGCUCGUGGAGGCCGGUGGAUACUUUGGAUGGACAUCGGCUAUACCGCUCUUAGCGCCGAUGAUGCAAGACACCGAAGUCGAUUGGGCCUAUAAAACGGAGCCGCAAGUCUUCUCGUCCCGAGGGUUCAACGGCUAUAGACAAAACUGGCCGAGAGGAAAAGGAUUGGGUGGGAGCGGGCAGCUUAAUUACCUCGUCCAUUCCUUCGGGAGGCCCGAGGACUACAAGAAAUGGCCCAAGGGCUGGUCGCACGCCGACUUACUUCCCUACUUUCAAAAAGUGUCCGAUAUCAUGAACGUUAUCCCGAUGCCGGAGGAAGAGUAUCUAACAAAGGCCUUCGUUUUGGCCGAAGAAUCAUUAAAAUUGGAUAACGUAUCCCUGGGAAAGGCGAUGUACACCGCGAAGAAAGGCACCAGAUGGAGUACAUAUCACGCUUACUUGCAGAAGGCUUGGAAUCGCAAGAACUUACAUAUCCUCAUGAAUACGCUUGUUACAAAGAUACUUUUCCAGAAUAAUAAAAUCGAUGGCAUUAAAAUGAUGUAUAAAAACGGCUCAAUCGGAAGUAUCGGCGUGAGAAAGGAGGUGAUUCUUUGCGCAGGCACCAUCAACACUCCGCAAUUACUUCUAAUCUCCGGCGUAGGACCUAUGAGCGAAUUGGAGAAGCACAAGAUAUCCGUGGUGCGGCAUCUUCCAGAGGUAGGACGAAAUCUAUUCGAUCAUCUGAACGUGCCCGUUUACGUGAAUCUGCGAGAGCGCGUCAGCAUCACGCUCGUGAAAUUGCAAACUGUGCCGGAGGUGUUCAAUUAUUUCACUUUCGGAACCGGAUGGUUGGCUACUAACGGCGUAAUGGGAUUGGGGCGUGCUAAUAACAGUGGCCUCCUCCUCUUCGGAGUAGCGUCCACGGAGGAAAAAUUGCUGAAGGUCAUCUCAAAUUUCGAGACCGAGACGUAUAGGUCGCUAUUUCCGUCACAUAACGAUAGCAUGCACGAGGGAUUCAUUUAUCUCGCGUCGUGUCUGCAACCCAAGAGUCGCGGAAGAGUAACAUUGAGAUCGAGCGACAUCCGCGAUCCGCCAAGAAUCAAUCCGGCGUAUCUCCAGGACUCCGACGAUGUCACGUGCACCUACCGAGCUAUAAACUUUGCGCUGGAGACUCUUAAUACAAGACUCUUUCGCGAAUACGGCGCAAAAAUUCACAUUCCCGAUUUCGAGGAAUGUCGUCAUUUACGACCGGAUUAUCGGGACUUUGAUUAUUCGGAGUGCGUCAUGAGAAUCGCAGGACUCACGGGUUAUCAUCCAUGUGGCACAUGCAGAAUGGGGGCGGUUGUGGACGAGGAAUUAAGAGUGAAAGGCGUGAGUGGAUUAAGGAUAAUGGACGCCAGCGUCGUGCCGUCUCCAAUUUCCGGCACGCCGAAUUCAGUUCUCGUCGCGAUGGCCGAACGCGCAUCCGACAUAAUUAUGGAUCGAACAUUUAAUUAAGAACCGAUUCAUUCAUUAUGUGUAAUAUGUAUAUAUAUGAUUUAUUAAU